AUGCAUGAGGAAGAUCAAAAUCUGCAGAGGAUUCUACACAGAGAUGAUCCAACCAAACCACUUCAGACAUUCCUUCUCACCACCGUGACUUACGGGACAGCAAGUGCGCCAUAUCUCUCAACUCGUUGCAUGAAGCAAUUGGUGGCUGAAGACGGUGACAAUUAUCCUCAUGCCAAGGAAGUAGCCAAUCGAGAUUUUUAUGUCGAUGACCUUCUGACUGGCACUCAGACAAUUCAGGAAGCAGUCACUCUUCAGGAGGAAUUGGUAGCUCUAUUCAAGGGAGGAGGAUUUUCACUCAAAAAGUGGUCAUCGAACAGUCAGGAGAUUCUCGACAAAAUCCCACCUGAGGACAGAGAAACAAAGUCAGUCUUGGAAUUUGAUUCUGGAGGCAGCAUUUCUACACUUGGCCUUCAGUGCAAUCCACUCAGUGAUACACUGUCAUUUAAGAUUUCUCUCAAGGAAGGAGCGAUUGUUAAGCGCAGUGUACUUUCCAACAUGUCACGAGUUUUCGACCCAUUGGGACUUCUUUCUCCAGUCACAAUCACAGGAAAGAUCUUCAUCCAGAAGCUGUGGAAAGAGAAUCUCGACUGGGACACGGAACUCCCAGAGCAGCUCAGGGACGAAUGGAUUUCUUAUCAAGAGGAAAUUCUCAAACUGUCAGCUCUGAGUCUGCCAAGAAAAUUCACACCAUUUGAUGACGUCAAACAGUUGCAAUUGUAUGGUUUCUGCGAUGCAUCACAAGAUGCAUAUGCUGCAUGCAUCUACGCGAGGUCAAUUAACCUCAACGGCGAAGUGAGCUGUCAGCUGAUAGCUGCCAAAACAAGAGUCGCUCCGACAAGUCCACUCACAAUUCCCAGACUUGAGCUUUGUGGUGCAAUUCUCCUCGUCAGACUUCUCAAGAAGGUGCAAAAGGCUCUCUCCAUGGAAAUUGGGGACAUCAGAGUCUUCUCAGACUCAACCAUCGUGCUCCACUGGAUCAGUGGAGAGGCCAGCCGCUGGAAAACAUUCGUUCGCAACAGAGUCAUCAAAAUCCAAUCAGAAAUUCCUGCCACAUCUUGGGGACAUGUCAGAUCAGAGGACAACCCAGCAGAUCUCGCUUCACGAGGAGUUCAGUCAGAUGUUCUGCUGCACAAUGACUUCUGGUUCCAUGGUCCACAGUGGAUUCUUCAUGACGUACCACCUCCUUUCAUCCAGAAGAUCGAACCAAAAGAUAUCCCAGCGGAAGAUCUUGAGGAGAUUAAGGUAUGUACCCAUUUCCAUGUCUCUAACCCUUUUUGGAAUAUCAUCGACAGAUACUCCUCCCUCACGAGGCUGGUGAGGGCAGUGGGAAUCCUCAGAAGGUUCACACAGUUCAUCACGAACAAGUACAAGGGACCCUGCCACGUCAAUCGUGGCCCUCUCACUGCUGCAGAGCUGGAUUCAGCUCGAGAAACCAUCAUCAAGGCUGUCCAGGCUCAAUCAUUCGCAGAGGAGAUUCAGGAGAUAUCCCGAGGGAAGGAGAAGAAGGUCUCAAGAGACUCAUCUGUUCGCAAAUUGCAUCCCAUCCUAGACGACAGGGGAUUGGUACGUGUAGGGGGCAGGAUUGAGCGAGCAGAAACGACUUUUGACCACAAACAUCCGAUUCUCUUGCCAUACAAACACCACUUCACGGAUUUGGUAGCUCAGCAUUUCCAUACCACUACACUCCAUGGGGGCCCCAAGCUUCUUCUCAAUGCCAUGAGGAUGGAAUACUGGCCAAUCAACGGAAUGAGGGUGGCAAAGAGAAUCACAGGACGAUGCCUCAACUGCUUCAAGGUCAAGCCCCGAGGUGUAGAACAGCUGAUGGCCGAUUGUCAAACCAACAGAGUCCGUCAAUAUCGCCCAUUCACACACACGGGAGUUGACUAUUGCGGUCCCUUUCUGCUGAAACCUCUCACACGUAAAGGAGCGCCACCCAAGGUGUACAUAUCCGUGUUCAUCUGCCUCACCACAAGGGCCAUUCACCUGGAGGUAGCAGGAUCCCUCACUUUGGAAGCUUUUUUAGCAGCUAUGAGACGUUUCACAGCUAGACGUGGGAUUCCAUCUCACAUCUACUGUGAUAAUGCCACAAACUUUGUGGGUGGAAGCCGAGAAUUGGAUCAACUGAAGCAGCAAUUCACAUCAGAACAAGGACAAAACACACUCAUCAAUACCACAGCCGAGAUGGGGAUAAAAUUCCAUUUUAUUCCUCCAGCCAGCCCGACAUUUGGAGGGUCUUGGGAGUCGGGAGUGAAGCUGUUCAAAACACAUUUUCGCAGAGUGGCAGGAAAUGCUUCACUCACUCAAGAGCAAAUGAACACCUUGGUGACACAGAUCGAGGGUAUUCUGAACUCCAGGCCACUCACAGAUCUCUCCACUGACCCACGAGACUUCUCUCCACUCACUCCGGGACAUCUGCUGAUUCUUGGCCCACCAAAUGAGACACCACAAUUGAAUAUUCCAGAACCCAGUCUUCUUCACAUUCCCAACAAUCGUCUUGGACACUGGCAGAGGGUUCAACAGAUCGUGCAGCAUUUCUGGGCAAGAUGGCACAGAGAGUAUCUCCACUCACUCCAACCUCGUAACAAGUGGAUGAAAGACAAUCCUGCAGUAGAAGUGAACGAUCUGGUCCUCAUCAAACAAGACAAUUUGCCUCCUCUGAGAUGGCCAACUGGACGUGUGAUCAAGGUACAUCCGGGAGAUGACAAUUUGGUUAGGGUAGUUAGCCUCCAGACGCCUCUUGGGAUCACUCAACGCGCUCUGUCCAAGAUUUGCCCCCUACCAAAGGAAACAUCGAUGGAAAACUUGAAAUCUCUCAUCGUGAUUUCACCCAGCCAGGAUGUUAUCGCUCAUGCGACAACAGAGCCGCGAUGCGGGAAGUGA